GGGGGGGGGGGGGGGUGGUAGAAAAAGGGUGGAAAAUAAUACCGGUGUAAUUGGUUGAGGGGGAAGUGGAAAGAGGAUUGUGGGAGACAAAGGGAAUACAGUGGGAGAGAGAGAAUGCGUGGUCAAAGUGAAACAAUGCAGGUUGGACAAUGCAGGUUUGAUAGGAGACAGAAGUGGGGUCAUUUAGGCAUAUGAAAGGAGAUAGGGCUAAGUAAUAAGGCUCUGAUCAAUUCUAUUGAUCUGGCUUUCUCUGCACCGGUGCAAUGAACAAAUGACCUCAUUGACCUAGAGAUUCAUGAGUUUGUUAAAGAAAUGGCUUUGAAAAGACCACAAGGGGACAUGUAUGUUCAUGUCCAUGGCCUCUCCACUCAAUAUCAGGCCAUAUAAAGUCAAUAAAUCGUAUCUAGUCAGCACAGUCUCUCGGUGCAUAUCAGACCAACCACUGACCGUCUCCAAUGAAUUGACCUUAUUUUUCACCCAAUCGACAUUGCUUCAGAAAUCCUUAUGGAUUUGUUUUGCAUGAAAUGCAUGCACCUUUCUCCUAUAUGGCCUUAUGGUACUGUACUACUAGUGGUGUUGUACCAACUGUUCAUUCCUCUCUAGCAUGACUCUUUGGGAGUUGGCACAUUUUCUGAAAGGUCAGGGGGUCAUCAACGCCAUCAACCUGGAUGGGGGUGGUUCCUCCACUUACGUGGCAAAUGGCUCAUUGACCUGCUACCCCUCAGACCACUGUGUCUCAGACCCCAUGUGGUGCUGCCCUCAGCGGGUCUCCACCAUCCUGUGUGUCCACCAUCCUGUGUGUCCACCAUCCUGUGUGUCCACCAGCCCCAGUGCCAGCCUGAGGACUGCAGCGGUCACGGGAUGUACAUCGAUGGGCACUGCCAAUGCCAGGAGGGCUGGAGUGGGACUGGCUGUGACAACCUGGUGUGCCAACUGCCCGCCUGCGGUGCCCACGGUGUCUGUACACAGGAUGGCUGUGCGUGUGAUGCUGGAUGGAGAGGGGAGAACUGCGGCCAAGUGUGUGAUUUGGGUUUCUAUGGUGACGGCUGCACUAACGGGGGCUCGUGUGACCCUGUUUACGGUGGCUGCAGCUGCCCCAUUGGUUUCCAUGGUGAAUCCUGUGAACAAGCUGGCCAUUGUCUUGCCAAUCAGAUGUUUGCAACAUGGAGAGAGGAGGAGACACACAAAUCCAAGCCUUAUCUCUGAGCAGCGCUUGCUCAUUGUCACUGGCCUGUGGACCUUUUCUGCUGUUGGCCAGCCUGGUGGGUCACCUGAUCAAGAUGUGUCGGGGGUCCGCGGCUCACCACCCCGGCCGUGUGGACAACUCCUACGUUUCUCCGACAGAGAUCAAUGGUGGUGUGUGCGGUUCAGGGGUCAGAGGGAAAGGGUCGCAGCCCAACAGAGGAGUAAUCGGGAUGGAGGACUGACUCCCAGGAUGAACUGUGGUCGUGUGCGCGCUGAGGGAGGGUGAUGGGGGAUGGGUGGGAGUGAGCCUACCCUGUUA